GAAAUUUCUUACGAAUCACAUGAAACUUAUCUAAUGCUACCUUCCUUGGAUCCAUCUCCCCCUCUCCCAUCCCUUUGUCACUGGAAGAGAGACUCUAUCUGUGUAUGUGAUAAGAAUCAUGUAUGCAACUUGGGCCCAUGUAAAACAAUAAUCAUUUUAUAUUAACAACUAAGAUUCCCUUUCAGUUUCCACUAACAGUCCAGAUCAAGCAAAUUUGAAGUCCAUGGAAGCCUAUGUCCUCUCUCUGUCUCUAUAGGGAUCGAUCUGUCAUCUUAUGCCAUGGCAAGCAAACCAAAAUUUAAACAACUGGCCAGCUCCAUGGCAAAAAGGAAAGGUUAGCGAGAAUAUAUAUUCCAAAACAGCCUAGAUACAGUUAGGAAUGGUACCUCUCCUUCAAAGCAAUGAAAGAAGGCUUCAACUACUUCAAAGGAAAGAUGAUGACAAGGAGGAGGACCAACAGUAUCAAGAGAACGCCACUCUCUCUUUCUAUUCCUUGAGUAAGCUCAAAGCAUCCAAUCCUCUUAUUCUUCUUCUUCUUCUUCUUCUUCUUUUAUACCAACCCCUUUUCCAAGAAAGAUACACACUAUUUCUCCACCAUGGCUAGACAUCAACAUGGGUUCCUGCUAAUUUUCUCCAUCAUCGUCUCCCUCUCCCUCUCCCUCGUCUCCCUCGUCUCUUGUAUUCUUGCUGAGUCCAAGAAAGCCAAGAAGGAGGAUCUCAAAUUGAGCAAUAAACUGUGUGAAUUGCCCCAAAGCCAUGCAUUUGGCUUUGGUAUUGCAGCUCUGAUAUGGCUUGUCAUCGCUCAAGUCAUUGGGAACGUGAUGAUUUACACCCUUUUUCGGCACAGAGAGAACAGUAACAGCUCCAAGGCUAAGAAACCAAAGAUUGCCACGGGACUCCUGGUUUUCUCCUGGAUCAGCUUUGGAAUUGCAGUUAUUUUACUAAGCACAGCCACAAGCAUGAGCAGGAGGCAAGCCUAUGGGAAAGGAUGGUUGGAUCAUGAAUGCUAUGUGGUCAGAGAUGGAGUGUUUAUUGGCUCAGGGGUCCUAAUCUUGGUUACCACAGCCACCUUACUUGGCUCAGCAAUCUUUACACUUAGACAGGCAGAAGCAGAACAAGGUAGAAAAAUGCAUGCACAAGUUGGAUAAAAAACACACUCAAAAAGGAAAUACACAUCAACAGACAAAACACACACACACACACACACAUGCACUGAUAUUUGUGUACAAGAAGAGAUGGAGUCAAUCUCCCCAUACGCAUGCCAAUAAGUGGGAACAACUCCACCAUGUAACAGGUAUAGAUGCCCCAAAAAAAAAGUGCAAAGUGGCUGAGAGAAGGGGAUUGCCAUUCUUUUGUGUGGUUGGGACGAGAUGAGGAAAAGAAUAAAGGCAUGCUGCAAAGGCUUCAAGUCCCUUUCUAUUUUUCAAAAGCAAUAAUUUUCAACAAAACGAUUGAGACA